AGCUAUUCUUCUCCACACCUUGCACUUACAUCUUUCGCAUCGAAAAGUACGACCCACGGAUACAGAACAUGGCGAUCGAUAAGAUUAUUACCGACCCAAGGCUUUGCGCAGUCUUGCAGAUUUCAGACCAGGCACGCGACCAGGCUGGCGCACUCCUCAGUCUGGGUGAACAAUCAUGCAGCGAAAGACCUCCAUCAGCAGAAGCGCAAGCUGAAAUCGCCAAGCAGCAAAAACUCCUUUUCACAACCAUGGCGCAUCUGAAAGGACUGCACCGAAACGUCUGUUUCUCCGCCCGUGAGACCAAGUCCCAGACUGCCGAGUCGCGUCAAGAAGUCGACCGCCUGCAUCUCCAGCUUCAGAAUCUGUAUUACGAACAACGACACCUCCAAGGAGAGAUUACCGCAUGCGAAUCAUACGACCACAAAUACCAACAAUUGCCUCUUAUCACUGUCGAGGAAUUCCUUGCCCAACACCCCGAACACGAGAAUGACGACGAGAAUACAUUGAUGGUUGCGCGCAUAGAUCACGAACGGUCUGAGCGUGAAGCUCUGGAGCAACAGCGACAGGAGCUGCUUAAGCGAAAGCAGAAGCUGAUUGCGGACAACAAAAGAAGGAAGGAUGACCUUGCCAACUUGGAUAAUGAUUUGGAAAAAUUCAUUGAUGCUGCCAAACCGAUUCAGAAGCUGUUUGAAAAGGCACCCUAAAUAACGACUUUCUUGGAGGACAUGCAGAACUACCUUAUGGUGGUUUUCGCCGAGUAUGCGCUUCUGAGCC